CACAUGACCAAACAUACAAGAUGGCGGAAGCAGUGAAAGAGAGGAAACCUAAAAAAUCAAAGGUUAAAAGCAAAGGCAAGAAAACCAAAAGUACUGAACCAGGUGACAACAUUGGAGAGGAGGAUGAAAAAGUGGAAGAACUAAGUGGACAGCAAGUAGUUCAGAAAGACAAACUGAGUCCUGAACCUGGAAGUGAUAAGUCAACAGAAAUUGACAGCCCUUUGCAAAAUGAGGAAAAAGAAUCAAGUAGAAAAAACAUUGACGUUCCAGAGGAAAGUGAAGGAAAGCUGGCAUCAGUCAUCAACACACCUGUUGAUACUGAAGUUUUAAAUGAAAAUUUGCCACCAGAUGUGCAUUUAGAAAAUAGCUCAUCUGAAAGUCGCUCUGGUGAAAAACAGCAUAAAAAAGAAGAAGAAAGUUUACCAGUAGACAAUGACAAUACUGAAUCUACCAAUAAAGAUCAGUCCUUCAAAAUACUUGAGGAGGAUUCUGUUAACCAUGCCACACCUGAAGAAGGAACAACAUUAGAAAAUCAAAAACAAGAAAACACUUCAAAUGCAACUGAGGAACUGGUCAGUGCUACUAAAAGCAUAUCACAAGGCAUGGUUGAAGAACAGGAAGAAACAAAGGUUAAAUCAACAAAUGCAACACAAGUGAAGUCAGUUGAACAAAGUGCGAAAACUUCUGUCUCAGUAGAAGAACCUACCAAAAGAAAAAGUAAAGUUGUCCACAGGAAGAUUUAUCCUCAGUUGAAAGAGUUACUUAGUCCUGAUAUAAUCCUCAGACCAUUUUCAGAUGAGCAGCUGAAGUCACUGUAUUACAACCCGCUUUUAGAACAUCAGCAAGUGUUUGUGGAUGACUUCUUACAGCAAGCACAGCAGGACAAACAUGAGUUUUAUGAACUGUUGAUGAACUACUACAGGGCCCGUGUCAAUUAUGUCAAUGGUGAAGGAGAGUUAAGUGGCUUACAAAAAGAAUUCAAAAGGCAGGAAGAAAUGGUGUGGGUGACAUCAGAGCACAUCGCAACAGCUCAAGGCACCUGUUUGGACAAAGUCAGUGUGUCAGAAAAUCACCAGUAUUUACAAGUGACAUUUGAUGACAAGGUUGCAGGGGAUAUUAAUAAAUCUCUAAGCAGCAUUAGGACAGCAUUAUAUGACUCCUUGGCAUUGCAUGCAUAUUCAGCUCAGCUUUCUAGGCUUCAAGUUGAGUCCUACAUUCAUCAACUUUACAUAAAUUGCCCCUUUCUACAAGAAAUUCCCAGAAAUGCACCAGUUCAAGCUUUUUUGCCAGAGCAAAGGAGUCCACAAGCAGAUCAGCAAAUGUCAAUGUUGAAGAAGUGCAUAAGUAUUCUUUUUCUAUUCCAAAGAAGACCUGUGAAAGAUGAGCAGUUCACUCAGGAUGCUAGAAUGUGGCUCACAAGAUUGGUGGCAAGUUUACUGAGGAUAGCCACAUUGGAAGACCACUGGUUUAUAUUAAAUCAUGUGCUGCGCUGCCCAGCAGGUGUGGGCAAGUGGGCCAGUAAUUAUAUCCAGCUUGUCCAGCCCAGAUUGUCCAGGGGGCAGAGCUCCCUUGGAGGACCCUUGCUGGACAACUUCAUAGCCAUGCUGGCCACCUUGAUGUUGCCUGUGAAGGCCAGGACUGACUUUCUCAGUCAUAUGAAUGUGUCCUUGACCCCCUCAGCAGACAAUGGGGUGGACAACCCCUGGGUGCUGGUAGACUCAGAUGGAGAGGAGGAUGAAGACCCAGCCAACAGCUGGCAGUACUUGCAGGAGAAUGAUGUGGUGGCUCUGCUGCAUCAGUUUCCAUUAGAUGCCGUGUUCAGGCAUGCUUUACUUAUAGAGACAGAUGAAGAAGGACAAGAUCUUUAUUUUAUACAUAAAAGUUCAGAGCAGUCCAUGCUCAGGUUGUUUGCCUUUGCCACUAGUCUCAUGAAGAUUUUAGGACAAGGUUUGCAGACUUUCAAACUAGGAAGAUACAGGCAGUUUAACAAGAGAAUUGGAAGAUUGGUCAGGCAUACCAUUCAGUUUGUGUCUGACCAUUGGAUGAACUUCAAAAGCGCAUUUUCGCAUCUCCCAGAGCAGUCAAAGCAAAGGCUGCAGCUUGAACUUGAUCAUGUUUUCAUGAGGGCAACUGACUGCAUCCUUUCUGCACAGAAGCUUGGGUCUUGGCAAUUCAUGGCUGAUAUGCCAUAUGGCAGUGUUUCCAUGGAGAUGAUGUGGAAGUUACUAUGGUUACUACAUUUUGUUGAUGCAGGGGAAACAGUGCAAUUUUCAGUAGAGAUUUGCAAGCAGAAAAUGAAAGAUCCUGACAGCAAACUCGCUUUUGAGGAGAAACUGCUGGCAAUGCCUCUCUCAGAGGCCACCUACUUGUUGACAGCAUUCACCAACAUGGCCAGGUCCAGGCCUCCAGAGGACAUAGAGUUUGUCAAUGCCAUCACAGAGGAAAUGUUUGAGAUAUCCUAUGUGAGCACUCAUACCAGAGAAUUCUGCGCCAAGACAGGCCGGCAGCUCCUGGCCACACUGGCCACGUCACAUCCAUGUGUUAUUUCUACUCUGCUGCGGCUAAUACAGCAACAUCUUGACACAAUUGGAAUGCUCUCUGACCACAAAACAAAAUUGUUCACGGUGUCCAUGUAUCUGUUCCGUGAAUUGCCACUGUUUUUAUGGGAGCUUACCAGUGAAGAUCUUGAGACUAUUCACCACUGGGUGUUGAACUUGCCAUUGGUUUCCACAGAAAACCAGCUGGGGAGACUCAUACUCAGCCGGCUCAAUUAUGGUCUAACCAAGCAGGAAGAUCGAUUGUUCCUUGACAUAGCAUUCCAUCGUAAGAUUGCCAUCUUGAUAGUAGAAUCGUACCUGAAGCAAGUGGCAGCAAAGGGGAUGAGUGGGGUUAUCACAGAAGGAGUCAAACAGGUGGCUUCUGUUGUUAGCCAACAGAAAACAUCCCAGCAGCAGUUUCAUGACUGGGCAUGGGACACCAUAUUGAAACUGCGUCUCCACAAACAUCAACAGCCCAGACCAGUGAUGGGAGCCAAUGAGGACCAGGGAUUUGACCCAUGUGACUUAUUUGACCCAGUUAUGUUGGUGAUCUCCAAGAUGACUGACAACAAUGGUGCUCUUGCAUGCUAUGUUGCCACUGUGAUGACAAAAAUUGGACAUAGUGUAUCAGAAUUUUUGUCAGCAGGUCUCCCCAGACUGCAGUGCCUGGUACAGCAGCACCAUUCCACUGCAGUCAUCCAAGUGCUAUAUGUGAUUGUGCCUCUUUUUUAUGACAGUCCACAGCCAUUGAUCAAAAGUGAACUGUUCCAGACCAUACUGCAUUCCCUGCUGUCUGCAGACCAGACCUAUGCUAAAAUGGCCAAAAGCCUGCUGUACUCUGACUUCCCAGGGGAGAUUGUCAAAAUGCUGGCUUGUAUGAUACAGACCCAGAUUAAUGGUGCCUCAGCCAUGUUGCCCUAUUCUCCACCAAUGGUGAUAGAGCUUUGGAUGAACAUGCUCACACAGAACACUGUUUGGUACCAAGACAGGAAUGUGCAAUAUCUGAUCAAUUUUCUCAUAAAGUCAGGACAUAGCUGUAAAGGUGGAAAGGAAGUGAUUGAGACUCUGAUGUAUAAUCAGUACAAGUUGUUCAUUAAGAGUCAAGGCGGUCACAGUAUGGUGUCAUCCCUGGUCAGUUGGAUAGCCACGGGCAGUGCUGCCAUCCCUACCUUCCUGGAGGGUGCAUCUCUGCCCGAGUUUCCCUGGCUGGCAUACCACCUCCUCCAUGCAGAGGAGCAGUACCAGCAUGACUCUUAUCUAUGGCAGGUGGUGCAAAUAGAACUCAUCACUAAGCCUAAACUGACUGUGGAUCAGGCAGUCAAGAAAGCCAUAAUCAACUUAAAGAUAGAAGGCAGUCUACCUGCAUCCAGACUGUGCAUCUAUCGCUGGGGUCAGCAGGCACUGGACACUGCAGUGGACCAUCCUUUACUACCACUGCUCUGGCAGAGAUUCUUCCAGCUUUACCUGGGCAGACCAGCUCAUACUCCAGGGUUACCAGAGAGAGGAGGUAUAGGCCACAAGUUCUUUGAAAGUUCAGUCAACACCUCCUUGUUGAAAAGAAUGAAGAAGAGGCUGAAUGAGGCCACAGAACACCACCACAAAGUUCUACAGGAACAAAGUCUGGAGACUGCAGACAUUGAUACUGGCACCAGGAGGACAGCAGAUGAAGAGAGAUCUGGUAGAGAUGGUGAGGCAGAGGAGGAAGAGGAGGAGAAUCUUUUGUUACAUAAUGUCGGCUACCAGAAAAGCAGAGAAUUUCACCAAAGCCUAGUCAGGUAUUACCAAACAUUAGGUUUCUGGCUUGAGGAGCCCAGACUACAUGACCCACAUCUGUAUCUACCAGGCCUUCCACCACAAUAUGAUGCUGAGAGGCUUCUCAAGCUUUUUCAGAAUCAGACAGAACCGUGGGUUGAAUUUCUUGACUCUGCUCAGUUAGAUUAUGAGUUGUCCCAGAUGGUCAGUGAAUGGGUGACCAAAAUGUGUCCCAAGGCCAACUACAGGAUGAGAAGGAACUCGAUGAUUGAUGCCUAUAACCCUCUUGCUGCUACAGAGAGAAUACUUGGUAGACUGCAGAGAUAUGAGCAGCCGCUCCCUCCACCGCCCCUGGUCCCCCUGAAAGCCCCUCUGCCAGAUGUGAGUCCCAGCAUACUGGGGGACAAGGACACCCUCAUCUACACCAUCAGUGCUGACCUAGCAGGGCUGGUGGAAUACUCAAAGUUAUUUAUGGCCUCUGUUUCGCAACAUCUGGCACUGGACCUCAGUUAUCAGGAGCUUCUGCCAAAUCUGUACAGGAAUGAACCAACCAUGAAAGAGAUGUACAUCAGCUGCAAGAGCACAUUCAGCCUGUCUCAUAACUGUAAAGGACCCGCUUUUGUGACCGUCAGAUUUGAGGAGAAAAAGCGCAACGAGUCGGUGUACCAGAGAGUUGAAGAGAACCGCAGUGAGUGGAAGCAGCUGCUGGCCCAGUCCUCACAACCUCCACCUCAAAAUAUCUGCAGUGCUGCUGUCCAUGUGGAGAAUGUCAUCAUAGCCUUGAUCAAAGAAGCACAUUCUGAAUCCCCUGUCCCUCCUCAGUAUUCAAGUGUUGGAUCAGCUUUGUUUUACCACAUGGCAUCCAUGAUUGGGGAUGAAACGAAAUAUUAUCCACCUACAAGGCAGUUCUUCUCAUCUUGUAUAGAGAUUUUGGGACAGGAGUUCAUUAGCCCCAAUCCCAAAGAAUCUCUUCCGCUGUUGGAGACCAUUUUGAAGAGCCCUUCACUAGGGGGUUUACUGGCCCCCCAUUUCUUCCCCAAUGCCUGCCCCGACACUUUUGUUCGCAUGUAUGAACAGGUGAUUGACGCCUCACAAAGGCAUGGAUGUGAUGUCACCUUCAUGUUACUGACCAAGUUCGAUGUCCCCCAGUGGCUAGGCAAUGUAAGGCCUGUGCACUCAGAGAGAAGCCAUCUUGUAGAGACCAUAGGUAAAGCAUUGUGCCAAUGUGGGAACGAACCGGCAGAGAAUACACUCAUGGUGUUUGAGGUGUACAGAUCACACCUGAAGAAGUUGACAUCAUAUGAGUUUCCUGACCAGUAUGGGGAUGUCUUGAAAUUACUUCUCAAUGCCUCCAGCACAGGCAAACUAUGUCCAAAGAUCUGGGGUGAUUUCCUGGAGAGCAUUGGUUGUAAAUAUGUGAGACAAGAGGGUUUUGACCUGUCUUAUGCUGACAACAUGAUGCAGUCACAGGCACUCACCACCACAGCACAGUUCAAAGAGAGUAUUGACUGGCUGUCUACUUACUUUAUGAAGUUGAGGACCACCACCCCCAGCCUGGCCUCAUUUGGUCUGUACUCCCAGUGGAAGCCAUAUGUGACACACAUCAGUGUGUUCCUGGGUUAUCUGUGUGGCAGCCUGGUCCUCAAGACAGUGGGCAGUCUGCAGGCUGGACAGGCCAACUUUAACCCACAGGAAGGAGCUGAGUCUGUGUGGCAGGCCACAGUUCAGGUGUUUGCGCCAUGGCUGGAACCUUUACACAGAGACAAUGGGGAAGUGCUGUGCCCAUGGAUUGUUGGAGAUACCAACACAGCCUUUGACAUGGUGGCCAUGUUCACAGAGAGUGUGGCCUGCAACUUCAAGCAGUUAGAAGGCUUCAUCCCGCCUUUUGCCAGGAAUGCCCUCACCCUGGUGUGGGAGUACUAUGUGAAAGUGUUAUCUGCAAAGAAAACCCCAGAACACAUUCUACAGGUCUUCCAUGCCAGACUGACUACACUUCAGUGGGGAAAGUUCCUUCCAGAUCUGCAGACUUUAGAACUGAUGGUCAAGCUCCAGGCUGUGGGCACCAGGGAAAGCUUUGUAUUCCUUGGUUUGGUCUUCACACAGAUGCCUUGGCAAGAUAUCGUCAACUUUUACCUCACACAGCAGCCUGCAGAGGGCACCACAGGACUCAUGGCUAUUUUGUUCCAGCUCUUGAUUCAAAUGUCUCAAGAGAAAGGACUUAUGGAUGUGCAGGGUUCAGAUUUGCCUAGGCUAUUACUUUUAGCAGAAUCAUUUCCCUGGCAUUUCUUGGAUGCUGACAACUUCAAGAGAGUGUCUGACUGGUUCUUGCAGUAUUGUGAUCCUAAAUGUGUCCUGGCAGAGAGGUCCUCAAACAGUGCAGUGGUCCUGAGGUUACUCAAAUCAGCGGCUGGGUUUGUGAGUGCUACAGGUAGCCCUUUUCACCCUGAAACUCCUCGCAAGAGGGCGCUGUAUGUUCACUGUGUGGUAGAGCUGGUCUGCAAGUGCUCCCAAAUGAAGGGAGUAGACCCAGAGAACUUCACAACUCUCAUUUUAAAUCUGCUCACAGAGGUGGAAACUGUGGUCAGCACCAUCCCAGAUCUGUCUAUCCAGUGGGAAGAGUCUGUCACCCUGUGCGUGGAGGUCCUCCAGUUGCUGAAUAACUGUAACCCCCAGACGACCACAGUGACAGCAGUCCUGAGGAGUAUCAGUCAGUGGAUAGAGUCAUCUCCGUGCACAGUCCUCCUGCUGCCUCUGGUCACAGCAGGUUGCAGGUGCUUGGCCUCCAUUGUACACAUGGUGCAAAUCAUUGAGAACUGCAUGGAUGCCUUCUUUAAUUCUGGCUUGGAACUGAGUGAAAGUUAUGGUUGGGGUAGGCUGCUGUCAGCCAUGCAGAUACCAGAGUUGACGUUUCGGGAGUUUCUGGUGGAAAGUUUACGUCAGGGCAGCUAUUUGACAUUGUACGCGUAUGUCCUGCAGCAUUUACCAAAAUGCCAGAGCCUUGAUGAAGAAAAUAGCCAUAUUGCUGGGAUAGUGCAGUGGACUGCCACUGCCAAACCAACAAGUGAAAAUGAAGCCAAGUUAUUCCUGUGGUGGGGUAAGAUCCUAGAUCUGCUGCUACGGCAGAUUGACUUUGGCGCCUCGCAUGCCAUUGUGAUCAGAUCUCUGAACAACUUCAUCGCAGCUCUCACCACACUGGGAGAAGACAAGAUAAGUGCUGGACUACUGGGAGCUAUAGGUCUUGGCAGGGCAUCCAACUUGUCUGUUAGGUUCCGUUUAGUGGCAAGAAGUCUGUCUGCUUUCCUUCAAGCACAGAUCGUGAAGAACAAUGCUCUUAGACUCGUGCCCCAUGACCAUACUCCACCCAAUGUACAGCAAAUUGUCACGUCCCUCAGAAACCUCAAGACAAACAAGCAGUACACACCCCUCAAAGAGCAGAUAGAUUUUGCCUGUCAGUUUGUCAGCUCAAGAGGCAGGUGUUUGAGGGAUGCUAAGUUCUUGUUAGCAGAGCUGACUGGGGUCCUGUUCCCAGAGAAAAGAUACCUGGCUGUAGUUCAAAAUCCUCAGCCAUAAAUUGUAUUCCGAACAGCAAGAGUUGAUGGUCUUAUUUGGACAUGAUAUUCUCUUUGAUUGUUUUGUAUGACAUUAUACAUGUUGUAUAGAGGUAGCAUGUUUCAUCAAAACAGGCAUUGUAUUCACAUUAUUUUGUGCCGCAUGUCUUGCCUGAAACAGGUCUUUGUUUACAAAAUCAACAAAAUUAAAGGCAAAAAAUGAGAUUUGAUUGCAUUACUUUAUAUUAAGUCCACAGCAUGACUUACUGGUACAGCAAAUUGUACUGAUUGUGUAGAAGCCAUGAUAUUGAAAAUGCUUACACACAUUGUAGUGAAGCAUGUGGCUGCUGUACUUUGGAUAAGAUUGAUAACUUCAAGUGCUUCUUAGCAGGCUCUCUACAAGAAUUGAGUGAUCUUGACUUGAAGGACCUAGCUCUUACUUUAAGAGGAAUGGAGCACCAUUGAUUGAAAAAUAUUUACCUCUCUUUGCCUCUAAGCAUUGUUUUUAUAUUGUUAAUAUUUUUUAUCUUGAAUGGUUGUGGUUAACCAAGCUUAUUAUUUUAUUUAAUUUUUUCAUUAAUAAUUAGCGUUAGAAAAUGUUAGAACAUCGAGUUGGGGAGAUUUUAAUUUCCUCCCCAUUUGCAGGCUGUGAAUGGUUUCAAAGUACUGUUGUUAUACUUGGCAUAUGUACAUAUAUUGAUAAUUCUGGGUCAUGUGCCAGUGCACAUUGCUUGUUUUUGUGUCUGGUCAUGGAAUAUUGUGGGAAACUGGUGUAAUGUGGGAAACUACAUGUAGCUGUGCUUUGGGAUGGUGACAUUUAGAGUUUCAAUGAAAGUACAGAUAUUAUUGCCAUAACUUAAACCACUUGGCAGUGUGAUACCCAGAACUGUUGAAAAACAUUCUUAAUUCAUUAAUUGUAUACACUGAAAACUUGACAUGGACCUUGAGAGGAGAGCCGCACUGUGGUUUAUUUGAUUUCCAGGUUAUUCCACAAA